ACUACUCAGCACGAUUGCUCGGGGGCGCGUCCACGCCCUAAAAGUAAGGCGCUUAACCAAUCAUCGCUUGCGCGCGGGGCAUCACGGGAGUUCUGGGGCUAUAAAAGAACCUGGUUGCUAUUUUAUACCCUUCGAGUCACUCAUCCUUUAAGCAAGCAGGGUGGGGCUAGAUGCGCUUGCGCAGCUUUCAUGCUCCUCCCCAAACUGCCAACUCUUCGCGCAUGAGUUAGGCCUUCUCAGGCUGAGUCAACGCGUGCGCAUUAACCGGCCUGGCCCCGGAAGACCAGGCGCCUGCGCGGUGGGAACUACAGUGACAGUCCCCGAGGUGGGGCGCGGGCCAGUCAUGGCGGAACCUUGGUUGGGACAAUCCCUGCAGGCUUUGCCUGCUACUGUGCUGGGGGGACUGGGCGCCCUGUGCAGCGAGUUCCUGCGGGACUGGGAGGCGCAGGACAUGCGUGUGACUCUCUUCAAGCUGCUGCUGCUGUGGUUGGUGUUAAGUCUUCUGGGCAUCCAGCUGGCAUGGGGGUUCUACGGGAGCACAGUGACCGGGCUGUAUCACCGCCCAGGUCUGGGCGGCCAGAACGGAUCCACACCUGAUGGUUCCACGCACUUUCCCUCCUGGGAAACGGCAGCAAACGAACCUCUCAAAACGCACAGAGAAUAAGAAGGUAGCAAGGGAGUCACCUGGGCCUGCUGGUUCCCACUCUGGGUUCUGCAGCUGUCCAGGUCCCGGGGCUAACUUCAGGGGGCUUGGGGACUAGGGAGUACCUCAGUACUUAAGGGGCUGGGCCUCUGCUGCCUCAACCCUGCCGCCAGCAGCUCCAGCCACUGGAUCAGUGAAUUUUGCCUCACCUGAUCGGUGUGCCUUAAGGGGAGAGUGUGCUCUUCCUGUGUCAGGGGUUGGAGUUCAGGAAAAGCCUCUGGACUGGGGAGGUCAGCAGUCUGUUUUCUGCCCUGGCUUUCUGCUGUCCCCCUUCCCAUCCCAUGUUGGACCCUGCAGAGGUUUGUCUCUGAUAGGAUGCCUGAGGCUCACCCGACUGGGAUUUAUAAGGGAAGUCUGUUCUUUAAGCACUGAAUUCCCUGCAUUCCUUUGGGAGUGCCUCAUUGACAGGGAGCCAGGGAAUCCUGGCCUGGGUCAGGUCUUAUACUGCGAGAUGGCUUCCCACCCUGAUUGCUGAAGUGCCCAUGUCUGGUCCAUACUCUGCCCCCUCAGUGGGAAGCACUGAGAGGUGACUUAGCUAGCUGCUUGGGUAUAAGGCCUCAUGGCAGGGUGUAGCUGACAUCAUCUAAUCAUGGAAGCCCUGACCACCACCUUCCCAACCAUCUAGAGCUCUUCAGAUUUGAACCUGGCCAGCCAUCAUUUGCCGAGUAGCCUACCCAUAUAGCUCCAUCUUUCUGAGGGAAGGCUGGGUACCUGAAAGGGCCGAGUCUCCCAGCUGAGCUCCUGGGUUGGCCUCCCACCCCCACUGCUGAAGUGCCCAUAGGGUCUCAAGUCUGUCCCCCACCCCUCCAGUGGGAGGUGCUCAGCAGUUAGUGCAGAGAAGCCCCAUCAUGCCCUGCAGCCUCGCCACUUCCCACCUUCACCUGGGACAACCGGAACCACAGCUCUCCAGCACCAACACCAUCUCCAGGCAGAAGAACCACAGCCUGCCUGGGAGGCAGGCCGAGGGAGCUUCCAAAGGCGUGUGUCGCUAAAGACUCGCUCAGAAUCACUGGUCCCUGAAAGCAGCAUGGCCCUGUACCUGCCUCCGUCCCUGAUGACACCUGCCUGCCUCUGCUGGGCCACCUGCCAUCUCAGGGUCCAGCUGCCUGCACCCUCUGAUAAAGGUCCCAUUGCCUUUGCCUAGGCCAUCCUUCCGGCAGAGGGGCAUUGGAAGGGGGACUGCACUGAGCACAUUCUCCCUCUGGAGAUAUCCGGUUGGCAGAUGGAUGGACCUCUUGGGCCUGCUCACCACCCUCACACACAGAAUCAGGGCCUGACAAUGUCACUGAGGAGGUGGCUUAUUAAACAUGGAAACAGA